AAUGGAACAGCAGCUUGGAUUGAUGAUCAGAGCUGGGACAGCUUAGAAGACGGCGCAAAUGACCAGUACCAAGGUCGUGCCAAUAGAAGAUGACGAUGAUGACGAUGAUGAAGAAGAAGACGAGCAAGAUGAAAGAAAAAAAAGGUUCCAAAGAGAAGGAAGAACGAAUUGGCACAAAAGCACCCAGUGAGUCGUCCUCCAGUUCUGCCGAUGGAUUCGGGUGCCGCUCCGCACUGGAGUCUCCAGAGUCGGACCGGGAAGAAACUGCAGGACCUGCUCGACCUGCCCAAACACCUUCGAGGCGAAGAAUGUCCGCUGAUGAGAGCAUGGAACUGUUGCAGAAAAAGAUGGAGGAAAAUGCCGCAAAGCGGCGCGAAGCUGACAAGAAGAAGCAGAAGGCCAAGUUCCGGCGAAAUGUUGCAAAUUUUAUGGAUGGUCCCUGGAUGACCUUGAUUUCGGUCUCCCUCACA